AUGGUUAUUCAUAUCCUUUGUCACUUGAGGUUGCAUCCUCUCCUAAUUGUUGUAUUGAUGGUAACAGAGGAGGAGUUAGAAGCAAUAAUCGGUAGAUUAACUUUGAGGGAAAGUGAAUCUACUCGUUACUCCACCUGUUCGCUGAAUCCGACUCGAAUUGAUCCUUUUCUUACCAUUGUGGGGAAACUUCAGUGUCCUAGAGUUGUAUCACAUGACUCUAUCGCCACCAAUUGUCGGAAUAUAUGGUCAGUGCGGAAUGGUUUCACAGUUAGGCCAGUGGGGGAGAACACAGUUCACUUCAAGUUUAAUGAUCGCAUUGAUCGUGCCAGAGUUUUGCAUGGAGAACCAUGGUUACUAGGCCGAAAACAUGUGCUUGUUCUGAAACCUUCGGAUACUCUGGAUGUUGAUUCCAACAUAUAUCCUUGGUGGAAACAGUUGCACAACUACCCUUUGGAUCUGAUGAAUGCAGAUUUUGCAAAGUUUGCUGGAGAUCUCAUCGCCCAAUUCCAAGAAGUUUUCACAGACGUGGAUCGAAACUGUAUUGGCAAGGAGAUUACAAUUCCUUUGCGGUAUGAGAGGCUAGCGGAAUGGUGUUAUUACUGUGGCAUAAUUGGACAUGUCGAAAACAAUUGUCUAACAAGGCCUCCAAAUGCUGGUUCUUCUCCCCCAGAAUACAGUAGUUGGCUCAAGGCAAAGGGAUAUUGGAAUCCAUUUGUCUCCAGACGUCCUGCAAAUGAACCAGAUCCAUUCUAUGUUCCUGAUGAAUCUGAUGAAGAGGUCGCUCCAUGGAGCGAAAGACAGGAGCAUCAUGUCACUUUACCAUAUUUAAGAAACCCCAGAAAUUCAAACCCUAGCCACACAUCACCAGUUCCCAGCAGUUCUUUUCAUAUUGAUCCAUCCUCACAUCCCCUGAAUCAUCCUAAAGUACACCCUUCUCCAUCGGAACUCAUCAUCUCGUCGCCUGCCUCUGAUCAUCAUCAUCACAACCAAUUUAAUCAACCAUCUAAACCACAUGUUUCUCCUUCCACAAAUACUCCUUCCGCAAAUACUCCUUCACAUGUUCCUAUCACUAAUUUUCCUAUGUCUCUUGACACUCCAGCAAGGAAAGCAGCCCGACGUUUCAACUUAGCCCGUAAUCGUAUUAUCCAGAAUGCUCCAAUGAAUGAAUCUGUUACAAUACCAGGUAACAGGAAGUAUGAUAUUGAUGUAUUUGAUGGCUAUGAUCUUCAUAUGUUGGAUGUUGAAGUCAUUGGCAAGAAACACAAAAUUGUUAGCCCUGGAGGUCUUGCUAUGUUAUGGCGAAAAGAUGUUGCUGUUUCUUUGCGAUCAUAUUCUAAAAGAUUUAUUGAUGUUGAUGUUGAUCUUAAUGGAAAUAGAAUUCGUGCCACUGGAAUUUAUGGUCAACCGGAUGUGUCUUUGAGAAGAGAUGCUUGGUCUCAGUAUGAUUCCCUCUACGAUCCGGCUAAAAAACCUUGGAUUUUCUUUGGAGAUUUCAAUGAAGAUUUGAUGCAAAAUGAGUUUCAAGGGUGUGGGAAGCAGAUUCGGAGUGGAAUGCAAACAAGCAUUUGGUAUGACAAGUGGAUUCCCGUCGAGCCUUCUUUUUGCACUUCAGUUCAGUCUCAUAUCUUGUCUCCUACUGCUGUGGUGUCUGAAUUACUCAUUCCAGGAACAAAUGAAUGGAACCAAGAGCUUGUUCGUGAUUUGUUUCCACAAGAAGAAGCUAACGCGAUACUGUCAAUGGUGCUUCCUCAAAAUCAGUCACAUGAUCGGUGGAUAUGGCAUCAUACUAGGAAGGGCAACCACACUGUUCGAUCAGCCUAUUAUCAAUUGUUGUAUUCCCCAGAAUUCAGCAAUGGAAGCAUAUCCUUGUCCAUCACGCCGAGAGGAGUGCAAGAUCCUUUGUGGAGAACAUUAUGGAGCUUUAAACUGCCGAAUCGUAUCUUGUUGUUUGCAUGGCGUCUAUCCAACAACUCCUUUCCUACUGUAACGAAUUUGGCUGCUCGACACUUGGAUGUCCCUUCUGAUUGUGCUCUCUGUCAGCAAAACUCUCUGUCCAGUUGCCAUCAAUUUUUUGUAUGUCAAUUUGCUGUGCAGGUUUUUCGUAUUGCUGGUCUACAUCAAUCAAUUAUGCAGUAUCACCACCCCAUCUGUGAACAAUGGUUUCGAGCCAUCCUACUUGACAAGAAUUUCUCUCAUCGAUCUUUCUUUAUAGCGCUACUUUCUGGAAUUUGGCAGGCAAGGAAUUCAUUGAUGUUUGAGCAGCAACGUAUAACUCUUUGGUCCGUGGUUUUGCAAGCUAGCAGGAUCGUUCAUAGUUUUCAGUCUCUCAGUGUACAUCAAGAAUCAUCAAACGACAGACUUCAAUGCUUUCCUUUCUUUCAAGCCUCCCCUGCGGAUGCUAUAUCUGUUUGUUUUGAUGGAGCAAUUUUCCACAUCCAACACUGUGCAGGCGCUGGGAUAAUUGUUCGAGAUCAGAAUGGUGCCUUCAUGUUUGGACUUGCACGAUAG